AGUUUUCAUAGAGGAAGUAUUGCAACUUAGGUAGCCAUUUGCCUAAAUCAUGGCGGACACAAAUGGAUGGCGGAAAGUGUCUGAACAGACUGGUCUUGUGACAGGCCGCGUGAAAAGUGUCCUGACCAGCACCAACUCCCUGAUAUAUUUCAGCCACUUUCUAUCAACAUGGGGCGACCAGAUGUGGUGGUUUGGUACUGGUUUGUUUCUGAUCGAGCUGUCGCCCAACUCCCUUCAGCUGACUGCUUCGUACGGUCUGUCAACUGGCCUGUCCAUCCUGCUGCUGGGGGCGUUGAUAGGAGACUGGGUGGACAAGACAGCGCGGCUUAAAGCUGCCCAGUUGUCCCUCGUCCUCCAGAAUCUCUUCGUGGCCCUGUGUGCACUAGCAGUGUGUGUCCAUCUGUCCUACAUUGACCAGAUCACCCCCAUUUGGCACGGUGGUCUGAAACAAGUAUCCUUCGCUGUCAUCAUCGUCUUCGCGAUCCUAGCUGAUCUGAGCAGCACUGCCCGAAUGAUUGCGAUUGAGAGGGACUGGAUUGUGGAAAUAUGUGGUAACGACGUGGACAGGUUAGCAGAGAUGACAGCAACCAUGAGACGGAUCGACCUUGCAGCGACAAUACUGGCACCGGUGGUGACGGGAGAGAUCAUGUUUUUCACCGAGCUGAGGAACGGAGCUAUCUUCAUGGCUGCCUGGAACCUGGGCACUGUGUUCCUGGAGUACUACCUACUGUGGAAGGUGUACGAUACGGUGCCUGCCCUGCAGAAGGCCAAAAUCAGAAACAAAGGUGUGGACAAUGAUGACGAAAAGGGGUACUACGCUGGAAAGGGUACAGAGCUGGUGCCGUUAACAGACGCAUCCCUAUCGAAGCCUACGCAAAAUGACACGGUCGUUCGGGAGGGACUGUUCGAUACAGAGCCUAAACAAAAUGGGACUCUUAUUCGGGAAAAACUCCCCGAGAAAGAACCUAAUGACACGGCUAUCCCGGGUGAACGCAAUAAAAAAGGGCAGGAAAAGGUCGAAGAGACAUCCUCUUGUCUCCGGGGUGCAUUUUCUCCCUUCAUCACCCUAUACACCGGGUGGAGGACGUUCAUGCAGUAUGACGUUGCCAACGCCGGCCUUGGCUUGGCCAUGUUGUAUCUGACAGUCUUAGGAUUCGACAAUAUUACCAACGGUUACGCGUAUACUCAAGGAGUAACUGAAGGUGCUCUUGGCCUGGCGACGGCAACAGGGGCGGUAGUAGGUAUCAUCGGCACGUUUACCUACCCAGUUUUACGACGUCGUAUCGGCCUUGAGAGAACGGGAUUGUUUGCGAUGAGUUCUCAGAUAGGCUGUCUGAUGCUGUGUGUUUCAUCAGUGUGGGCACCCGGCAGUCCCUUUGAGCCUCGGUACUACUUUGAGCGUCCAGCUUUACCUAACGUCAGCUGUACGUUUAAGGCCACCAUUAACGUCAAUGGCAAUGCAACCGCCGUGACGCCAGAGGCUACGUCGUGUGGAGGAUCUCCGCCGAUUACUACAAACGUCAUUUCUGUCACGUUAUUGAUGACAGGAAUAGUCACAGCAAGAUUUGGUUUGUGGAUAGCUGACUUGACGAUAACGCAGCUGUUUCUUGAACACGUUGCUGAGAAUGAACGUGGCAUUGUGAACGGUGUUCAAAACUCACUAAACAGACUCGCAGACAUGCUGAAGUUCGCCCUCGUGGUGGGUUUCCCUCAGACGGAAGUGUUUGGCUACCUGGUCAUCAUAUCCUUCAUCUGUGUACUGAUUGGUGACGUCAUGUACAUGACCUACUCCAAACGGGCCAGGGGGCACCUUUUCCCCUUCCAUUCUCUGUUUUGUAGAAAGAAAGAAAAGGAUGAAAGGCUAAAAGCCGUGUCUUGAGAAAGGAAAAGCAUGUCGAUUAGGUCAGUUGUUGGACUUUUUUGCCAUCUCUAAUGAGUUACUUUUGUACAUGAUUGUAAUCAUCAAGUAGACUUUGUCAUGCAAAAAUUCAUUUGUGCAUGUGUGCAUAUGGUUAAAUCUUUUACACAAAUAAACAGAUGAUAUAUUA